AGCGCUCGGUGUUCACAUCGUAUUUGACAUUUCAGAGCUCUGAGUUUGCCCACACACUAUCUUUCUCGUGUUUGAUUUACAUACCCAGGUCUUUGUUUGCUAAAAAUGAUAAAGAGCAAGAUAAGUGAGGACAAGUUAGAGACGCUUGUUUCGCGAAGUGCUGUGCCGAUCAUUGAUCUCGCCCAUUGCGGCAAGUCCCUUGUCAAUAGGGUUGGUCAGCAACUGCAUAAGGCUUUCACCGAAAAGGGAAUCGCUUUUCUGGUUAAUCAUGGCAUUGCCGAGGAUAAGAUUAAAGCUGUUUGGGAUCAAUUCGACAACUUCUUGGAUCUGCCAGCAGAGGUGCAGGAUCGCUACAGGAGAAGAGAUGGUGUGAAUUAUGGAUAUGUUAGUCCUGGCAUGGAGCGAUUCGAUGGAAGUACCCCUGAGCUGCGACACGCCUACAAUAUUUGCAAACUGGAUGAACAUAAUAUUCCCAGGGGGCCACUGCCAGAAUUUGCCGACGAUAUUACCACCCUAUGCGAGGACCUAAAAACAAUGUCCACAUUUAUACUGAAAGCCAUGGAGGUGGCCUUGGAGAUUCAACCGUCGUUCCUGAUCGACAGGCAUUCCCAGAUGCUGGAGGGCGAUGAGGUUAACAUGAGCACCCUAAGAAUGCUCUACUACCCGGCGAUUGUGGACGAUGAACCGGGUCAGAGUGAGGGCGCCAUACGAUGUGGUGCCCAUGUGGACUAUGGCACCUUCACUCUGCUCGCCCAGGAUUCGGAGGGCGGAUUGGAGGUCCAACUGCCGGGCAGCGAGAAAUGGGAGCGAGUGGGCCAUCUACCUGGAGCCAUACUCAUAAAUGGCGGCGAACUGCUGUCCAUCUGGACAAAUCAGAGAUACCACGCCUUGCCUCAUCGCGUCGUUAUACCUGAACAAGAUCAUAUACGCACCCGCGGAAGACAUUCCAUUGCCUAUUUUUGUCAUCCCAAUAACUCAACAAUGAUAUCUUCCAACGAUCUCCCCAUUGAAGGUGUCGAACCGAGUAAUGACAAAGUCUACAGCGCCUAUGAACUGAUUCAGAAAAAGUUUAAUGACACCUACGGCCAGCGAUCUCAAUAAAUCAACGAAUCUGAGACAAAAGCUUAUUAAUUGAAACUGGUAUUUUUAAUAAAGCAAUUUUACUAUUUAAA